GAGCGGCGGCGGGAGCGCGGCGGGGCCGGGGGGCGGCGGGGCCGGGAGCGGGCGGGGGGAGCCCGGCCGGGCCGUGAGGGCGCGGCGGAGCCUGGCGGCGGCGGCGGAGCGGCCUGGGGGCUCCCCCCGGCGAGCGCGGGCCGAGCGGGCCGGGCCGGCGGCCGUGGCGGGGCUAUGAUGAGCCCGCUGCGGGGCUCCGCACCCCCGCGUGUCCCCCUGGCAGGUCCGGCCCGCGGCUGAGAACCCCCCACCGGCGGUAUGGCCUCACAGCUGCAGGUGUUCUCCCCUCCGUCAGUAUCCUCGAGUGCCUUCUGCAGUGCCAAGAAACUGAAAGUGGAGCCGUCUGUCUGGGAUGUUUCAGGACAGAGCAGUAGUGACAAGUAUUAUACCCACAGCAAAAACCUCCCAGCAGCUCAAGGGCAAGCCAGCUCCUCUCAUCAGGUAGCCAAUUUCAGCAUCCCUGCCUACGACCAGAACCUCCUUCUCCCUGCUCCCUCCGUCGAGCACAUCGUGGUCACCGCGGCCGACAGCACCGGCAGCAGCGCCACCGCCUCCUUCCAGAGCAGCCAGACCCUCUCACACAGGAGCAACGUUUCUUUGCUGGAACCAUACCAAAAAUGUGGAUUAAAAAGGAAAAGUGAGGAGGUCGACAGCAACGGUAGUGUGCAGAUCAUUGAGGAACAUCCACCUCUCAUGCUGCAAAACAGACCUGCGGUGGGUGCUGCGGCCACGACCACCACGGUCACCACGAAGAGCAGCAGCUCCAGUGGGGAGGGGGAUUAUCAGCUGGUCCAGCAUGAGAUCCUGUGCUCUAUGACAAACAGCUAUGAGGUCCUGGAGUUCCUGGGGCGGGGGACGUUCGGGCAGGUGGCGAAAUGCUGGAAACGUAGCACGAAGGAGAUCGUAGCCAUCAAAAUCCUGAAGAACCACCCGUCGUACGCCCGGCAGGGCCAGAUCGAGGUGAGCAUCCUGUCCCGCCUGAGCAGUGAGAAUGCUGACGAGUACAACUUCGUCCGCUCCUACGAGUGCUUUCAACACAAGAAUCAUACUUGCCUUGUAUUUGAGAUGCUGGAACAGAACUUAUAUGAUUUCCUAAAGCAAAACAAGUUCAGCCCGUUGCCCCUGAAGUACAUCCGGCCCAUUCUGCAGCAAGUGGCCACUGCCUUGAUGAAGCUAAAGAGCCUGGGUCUGAUCCAUGCUGACUUGAAGCCAGAGAACAUCAUGUUGGUGGAUCCUGCACGCCAGCCCUACAGAGUGAAGGUGAUAGACUUUGGGUCAGCCAGCCACGUGUCCAAGGCCGUGUGCUCCACGUACUUGCAGUCGCGCUAUUACAGAGCUCCUGAAAUCAUCCUGGGUUUGCCAUUCUGUGAAGCCAUUGACAUGUGGUCGCUGGGCUGUGUGAUUGCUGAGCUGUUUCUGGGCUGGCCUCUGUAUCCAGGAGCAUCUGAGUAUGAUCAGAUUCGUUAUAUUUCACAAACUCAAGGCCUUCCAGCAGAGUAUCUUCUCAGUGCAGGAACGAAAACAAGCAGGUUUUUUAACAGAGAUCCAAAUUUGGGAUACCCACUGUGGAGGCUAAAGACCCCAGAAGAACAUGAGUUGGAAACAGGAAUCAAAUCAAAAGAGGCUCGGAAAUACAUUUUCAACUGUUUGGAUGAUAUGGCGCAGGUGAAUAUGUCUACAGACUUAGAGGGCACCGACAUGUUGGCAGAGAAGGCUGACCGAAGGGAGUAUAUUGAUUUGUUGAAGAAAAUGUUGACAAUUGAUGCAGAUAAGAGAGUUACUCCACUGAAGACUUUGAACCAUCCAUUUGUUACAAUGACACAUCUACUGGACUUCCCCCACAGUAACCAUGUGAAAUCUUGCUUUCAGAACAUGGAGAUCUGCAAGCGAAGGGUUAACAUGUACGAUACAGUGAAUCAGAUUAAGAGCCCAUUCACAACUCACGUUGCUCCCAAUACAAGCACAAACCUGACAAUGAGCUUUAACAACCAGCUCAACACAGUACACAACCAGGCCAGUGUGUUGGCAUCCAAUUCUACUGCUGCUGCUACUCUUUCCCUGGCAAACUCGGAUGUCUCCCUGCUAAACUAUCAGUCUGCCCUGUACCCAUCAUCUGCAGCCCCAGUUGCAGGAGUGGCUCAGCAGAGUGUUUCCUUGCAGCCUGGAACCACCCAGAUCUGCACACAGACUGACCCCUUCCAGCAGACCUUCAUUGUUUGUCCCCCUGCUUUUCAAACCGGACUUCAGGCAACUACAAAGCAUUCUGGGUUCCCAGUAAGGAUGGAAAAUGCUGUCCCAAUUGUGCCACAAGCACCUGCAGCACAGCCACUGCAGAUCCAGUCUGGAGUUCUCACACAGGGGAGCUGUACACCACUAAUGGUAGCAACUCUUCAUCCUCAAGUAGCCACCAUCACGCCGCAGUAUGCGGUGCCCUUUACCCUGAACUGCGCAGCCGGCCGGCCGGCGCUGGUCGAACAGACGGCUGCAGUACUGCAGGCCUGGCCGGGGGGAACCCAGCAGAUCCUGCUCCCUUCCACCUGGCAGCAGCUCCCAGGGGUUGCUCUGCACAACUCUGUCCAGCCAGCAGCCGUCAUCCCGGAGACCAUCGGCAGCAGCCAGCAGCUGGCUGACUGGAGGAAUGCACAUUCCCAUGGAAAUCAGUACAGCACUCUCAUGCAACAGCCAUCUCUGCUGACCAACCACGUGACAUUGGCUACAGCACAGCCUCUGAACGUUGGAGUGGCUCAUGUUGUGAGGCAGCAGCAGAGCAGCAAUGUGCCAGCAAAGAAGAACAAGCAGCCAGCACCAAGCACAGCCAAGCCCAGCUCAACCCUGGAGACCGUGCCCACCCAAGUGUACUCUCUCAUUGGGAGCAGCCCCCUGCGCUCCACCUCCUCCUCUUCCAACGUGCUGGUCCCAGUGCAGGAGCAGCACCAGCCCAUCGUGAUCCCGGACACUCCGAGCCCCCCUGUCAGUGUCAUCACCAUCCGCAGCGACACCGAUGAGGAGGAGGACAGCAAAUACAAACCUGCCAGUUUGGGCAUGAAGCAGAGGUCCAAUGUCAUCAGCUACGUCACUGUUAACGACUCCCCUGACUCUGACUCCUCCCUGAACAGCCCCUAUGCCACAGACCCCCUGUCCUCCCUCAGGAGCACCGGAGGGGCCCUGGAGCUGCCAAGCAGGGCUGCUCCUGACAGCUCCAGCUCCCGGACCAUCAUCGUGCCACCCCUGAAAACACAGCUCAACGACUGCAUUGUAGCCACCCAGGCUUCAGGCAUCCUGAGCAGCACCAGUAAGACCAAGCCAGUGGCCUCGGUGAGCGGGCAGUCGUCAGGAUGCUGCAUAACCCCCACGGGGUACCGCUCCCACCGCGUGGUGACCAGCGGCGUGCAGCCCCUCAACCUCAGCCAGAACCAGCAGACCACAGUGCUGGCCUCCCAGGAGAGAAGUGGAAACGCUGUCCCACGUAGGCAGCAAGCUUACGUGGCCCCCCUCACGUCAACUAUUUCUCAGGCUCCCUACACGUUCCAGCACAGCAGCCCAGUGCAUCCCCACCUGGCAGCAGCCACGGCCAGUGCCCACCUGUCCAGCCAGCCCCACAUGUACACUUACGCUCCCACCACGGCGGCCACGCUGGGCUCCACCACCUCCAUCGCCCACCUCUUCUCCCCUCAGGGCUCCUCCCGGCACACCACGUACGCUGCCCACCCCAGCACCCUCGUCCACCAGGUCCCCGUGAGCGUUGGGCCCAGUCUGCUGACUUCCAACGUCCCACCCGCCCAGUACCAACACCAGUUUGCUCCCCAGUCCUAUAUUGGUGCUUCCAGAGGAUCUGCUAUUUACACUGGAUACCCGCUGAGCCCCACCAAGAUCAACCAGUACUCCUACUUGUAGUUCCCAGUAAAGCACUGUCCUGCAAUAGAGAGAGUGGAGAAGGAUUUCAGGUGAACCUUUACCUGGGAAUGACUGCCUGGCUCGUGUUUCUCCCUGGUCUGGGUGUGUGUUGUUCCAAAAUGUCUCUGGUGAGUUCGGUCACUAACUGGGCAGCAUGUUUUGUUACCAGUACGAGGGUCACUAAUUAAGUUUUUAAAAUUUUACUUACUUUUUAUAGAUGCUUUUAAAAAAAAAAUUCAUGGUCACAUUUAUUUAAAAUUGUUCUGUUGUGCUAAUCAAAAGGGGUGUCAAAUCAGUGUCUUGGAAGACAGAUCCUGAUGUCUUUUUUUAACUUGUGUAACUUAAACAGAAAAGAUUUGCAGAUUCUAUUUUAGCAGCUUGCACAAAUCCAUGUUGCCACUAAAAAUGUAAUGCAUGUUUAUCUCAUUAUGUUGCUGGGGCAGUUUUAAAAUCAGAUUUAGUAUUUUAACAUUUGUUCUCUAAUUCACUUUGUCUCUAACAAAUUGCUGGUUCUGCAAAAGCCAUUACAUCUCCAUAUAUGUUUCUGUCAAAGGUUUUUUGUUUACUUCUCUGCUUUGUUUAAGGACUGGUAGAGGCAGCUGCCUUACAGCAGCAAGGUGAUAUAUUCAGGAGUCCUGCAAACCCUGGAGUCUGCUUUGUUUUCUUGAAAAUUCUCCAUAACCCAGCUGAAUUUUCUGUUGUGUUCAUUGCAGAAUUCUUUUAAGUUCUUCAAAGUGCAUUCAGGAUCUCACUGUGUGGCAGAGCUCAGCAGCUCUGUCAGGAUGUCGUUGUCUUCAGUUGAGAGUGAAUAGUGCAGCACUGCUCUAAAAUUUGGUUUCUGCAGCUUAUUAGAUGCUGGCCCUAUAAUGGAGCUGGAUUCCUUCACAGAAGCACAGGGCUUUGCUUUGUUCCGUUUUUUCUUAAUGAUUUUUUUCCUCACGUGAUUCAUUUAGGAGGGAGAUGAAUUUGAAAUACAAUGAAACAUCACUGUAUUGAUGAUGUACAGCUUUUUAUACUCCUGUGAGCGUAUCCUCCUGGAUAUGUCAACAGCUACUUUAAAGCGCUCUUAAUAAGACUUGUAAACAGUAAGUGCAUGUAGGAAUUGC